AGUGUCGGCGAUGGGCUCGCGUUCGGGCGCGCUGUGUGUGGUGCCGGCCGGCGGGCGUCCGUCCGCCGACUCGCCGGGCUGCGUGAAGAGGCCCGGCCUCCCCGAGGCGAGCGGGAGUUUUCGCAGCCCCAGGGAGGAAAGCAUUGCGCGGUCUCGGAGGAAGGUACAUUCGGAAUGGAAGAGUCGGGGCUGAAGCUCGAUACAGAGAGCUGCGCACAAGCUGGUUGCAUUUAAAUGAAUAAAUAUUGGAUGAUGUUCAAAAAUGUUUAACAACAGUACCCAGAAAAAAUGCUGGAUUUUUCACAGUGAAGAAAUAUUAGAAAAUAUGAGAAAUGAAGCCAAUCAGAAAUUCCAGUCCAAAAUUCUGGCAAGUGGAAAGUUUGCUCCAAAUGAUUCUCUGCCUUUCUUGGAACCUCAUGAAGAAAAAGUACUACGUAAAUACUAUGAAAAACGAUUGCUGGAUUUCUGUUCUGCAUUUAAACCUGCCAUGCCCAAAUCUGUGGUGGGUACAGCAAGUAUGUAUUUCAAGAGAUUUUAUUUAAGUAAUUCCUUAAUGGAAUAUCAUCCCAGGACAAUUAUGUUAACGAGUGUAUAUUUAGCUUGUAAAGUGGAUGAAUUUAAUGUCUCCAGUUCACAGUUUGUUGCUAAUCUGUGGGAAAGUCCUGCUGCCCAAGAGAAGGCUCUGGAACAAAUCCUUGAAUAUGAACUGCUGCUAAUUCAGCAGCUGAACUUUCAUCUUAUUAUCCACAACCCAUUUCGACCUUUCGAGGGAUUUCUUAUAGAUCUAAAGGCCCGGUACUCAGUACUUGAGAAUCCAGAAGUUUUGCGAAAAACAGCAGAUGAAUUUCUCAGCAGAGAAACAAUGACUGACGCUGGACUUCUGUUUUCACCAUCACAGAUAGCAUUAGCAGCCAUCCAUUUCAGCGCCUCCAGAGUUGGUAUUAAUAUAGAGAGUUACUUGAUGGAAUGCCUAAUGUUAAAGGAUAACAAAGAGUGCCUGUCAAAACUGGUUGAAGCAAUCCGGUGUAUAAAGACCUUGGUGAAGAAGUGUGAUCCUCCAAAACUGGAAGACGUUAAUCUUCUGAAACAGAAACUCGAACAUUUUCACAGUUUGGACCUUGGUGUCGGCAUAAAUUCAAAGAAGAGGAAAGGAUAUGAGGAAGAUGGAACGAUUUCCAAAAAAGCAAAAAUGGAAGAAGAGUCACCCUAAGAAAAAUCACAAAGAUCGUGCCAGAGAACAAUACUUCAACAGGCAACAUCUUCCAGAUAGUCCACAAAAUGGUUUAUUUCACUUCUUUUACCUCUUCUUCUUUUAAAUGUGUUUAAAGAACAUUUCUUCUUUGUUUUGGAGGUUUGAUGGUGUGUUUUCAGGUUGAUGGAGUCUUGCUGUCACUGAGAAGAUUCCAGGAGGUGAACGGCUUUGAGGCCAAGAAGCUUAGAGAUGGGGCGCCAGCCCAUGAUCAACUCUAUUUCAUGCUGAUCUUGCUGAGUAAAUUGAAUUGAAGUGAAUUGACUUUAUUUCUUACAUCCUUCACAUACAUGAGGAAUAAAAAUCUUUACGUUACAUCUCCAUCUAAAUGUGCAAUUUAUAGUAAUUUGCAGUAAAUAGUAUGUACAGCAGGACAGCCAAUAUAACAUAGAAAUACAAUUGUUUCAAUGUGAAUUAAUCAGUCUGAUGUCCUGGUGGACGAAGCUGUCCCAGAGCCUGUUGGUCCUGGCUUUUAUGCUGCGGUACCUUUUCCCAGAUGGUAGCAGCUGGAACAGUUUAUGGUUGGGAUAACUCGGAUCCCCAAUCAUUGUUCGGGCCCUUUUUACACACCUGUCUCUGUAAAUGUCCUGAAUCAUGGGAAGUUCACAUCUACAGAUGCGCUGGGCUGUCCGCACCACUCUCUGCAGAGUCCUGCAGUUGAGGGAAAUACAGUUCCCCACAACAGGCAGUGAUGCAGUCAGUCAGGAUGCUCUCAAUUGUGCCCCUGUUGAAAAUCCUUAGGAUUUGGGGACUCAUGCCAAACUUCUUCAUCUGCCGGAGGUGAAAGAGGCGCUGUUGUGUUUUUUUUCCACCACACAGUCGGUACUGUACAGACCACGUGAGAUCCCCAGUGAUGUGUAUGCCAAGGAACUUAAAGCUGUUCACCCUUUCAACCCCAGAUCCAUUUAUGUCAAUAGGGGUUAGCCUAUCUCCAUUCCCCCUGUAGUCCACAACCAGCUCCCUUCUUUUUGUGACUUUGAGGAGAGGUUGUUUUCUUGACACCACUGUGUCAAGGUGAUGAAUUCUUCUCUGUAGGCUGCCACAUUAUUAUUUGUGAUAAGGCCAAUCAAUGUAGUAUCAUCAGCAAAUUUAAUUAGCAGACUGGAGCUGUGGGUAGGCGACACAGUCAUAUAGAGAGUAAAGGAGGCGGCUUAGGACACAGCUCUGAGUGGCACGUGUGUCGAGGGUCAGAGGAGCAAAAGUGAAGGAGCCCACUCUUACCUACCGGCAACCUGACAGAAAGUCCAGGAUCCAGCUGCACAAGGCAGGGUGAAGGCCGAGGUCUCUCAGUUUCUUGUCAAGCCUGGAGGGAAUUAUGGUGUUGAAUGUUGAACUGUAGUCCAAGAACAGCAUUCUCACAUAAGCAUUCUUCUCCAGAUAAGAGGAAGAUUGAAACCUCGAGCCAAAUGCAGAAGAUAAGGGAGUGUUCAGCGCUGUCUACCAGACCCUCUUGCUCGUUGCUGCAGGAGGAAGAUGUCUGCGUGUGAUGGUCUCUUUCUCCCUCUCGCUGCUCGUGAGGGAAGGCCCAUGUUCAAAUUAUCUCUCUCUGUCCUCAAUGUGCUGUUAGAGGAUAUCAAAAUUCUGGGUCUGCGGUUUGUGGAUUGGACUGUAAUUCCACUGGACUCUUACGAUUUUGUAUUUUUAUAUUCUGUUUUUGCUCGUUCUUUCUUGUCUUUUGCAUGAUUUGUUUUGUGUGUGUGGAGGGAUGGGUGUUAAUGUUCUUGUUUCUGUUUGUACAAGUUGUUUUUCUUUUGCUUGUACUGAGUGGGUUUAUGUUUUUCUUUAAAUGGGUUCCAUGGUUUUCCUUGUUUCGUGGCUGUCUCAGGGUCGUAUGCUGCAUUCAUACUUUAAUAAAUGAACUUCAAAGUUUUAAAGUGAACAGAAAAAAUGUUUCAAUGAUAUACGGGCCAGGCAUUAGAACAAACUGACUUGGAACAGCCAAAUUAGAUGGGCAAAAUGAUCAGCAUAGAUGUGUGGGUAUGUCAUUACAAUGCUGUCUCUCGGGGGCCAGGGUCUGGGAUAUCUUGGAUCAAGUCCUCAGCAUUCUUAAAUGAAAGAAUGAACAGACAGAGGUCAUGGUCCAUGCAGGUACCAGUGACAUGGGUAGAACAAGUGACAAGGUUCUGCGUAGGGAGUUCAGGGAGUUAGGUGUUAAGUUAAAGAACAGGACCUCCAGGGUUGUGAUCACAGGUUUACUACAUGCUAGUGAGGCCAGAACUAGGAAGAUUAUAUGGCUUAAUAUAUGACUAAGGAAUUGGUGUAGAAGGGAGGGCAUAAGGUUUUUGAUUUUUGGGCUCUCUUCCAGGGAAAGUGGGACCUAUACAGAAGGGAUGGUGUGCACCUGAAAUGGAGGGGGACGGAAAUCCCAGCGAGAAGGUUUCUUAAUGCUAGACAGUGGGGUUCACACUAAAGAUGUGGGGGAUGGGAACCAGAGUGCCAGAACAGUUAGUGGUGAGGUUGUGGAGGCAGAUAUUGGUAAGACCUCAGACAAAGUCAGGAAUCAAAAGGUUGAGCAUGGUGCUACAAGUUCAAAAAGGGUGAAUACAGGACUGAAAGUGCUAUAUCUGAAUGCGCACAGAAUAUGGAAUAAGGCAUAUGAACUUGCAGCAGAGUUGCAGAUUGGAAGAUAUGCUCUUGUCGACAUCAUGGUUGAAAGACGAUAACUGGGAGCUCAAUGCCCAAGCAUUGUAUUGAAAGAAUUGGUAGGAAGGCAGAGGGGGCAGUGUUGCUGUUGGUAUAAGAAAUCAAAUCAUUAGAGAGGGAUGACAUAGGGUCAGAAGAUGUUGAAUCUUUGUUAAUAGUGCUAAGAAACUGCAAGGGUAUAAAGACCCUGAUGGGGUCAUAUACACUUUGAGGCUGCUUAAAAGCUACGAGCACAUGGUAUUAAAGGAAAGAUUCCAGCAUGGAUAAAGCAGUGGCUGAUUACCAGGAGGCAAAGAGUAGGAAAAAUGGAGCCUUUUCUGACUGGCUGCUGGUGACUAGUGGGGUUCCACAGGGGUGAUGGAAUGGAUGGCUUUGUUGCAAAGUUUGCAGACGAUAUGAAGAUAGGUGGAAGGGCAGGUAGUUCUGAAUUAAAUUUUUUUUACAUCCUCUCAUAACAUGAGGGAGUAAAAAUUUAUGUUGCGUCUCCGUCGUCAUGUACAAGUAAUAAGGAAGAGACAUGUGGGAGGAUGUUGCCCCAACAUUUGAGGAAGUAGAGGGACUACAGAAGGAUUAAGAUUAGGAGAAUGGGCAAAGAAAUGGCAUAUGGAAUACAGUGCCGGGAAGUGUAUGGUCAUGCACUUUAGUAGAAGAAUGAAAGGGUUGAUUAUUUUCUAAAUGGAGAAGAAUACAAAAAACUGAGACGCAAAGUGAUUUGGGAGUCCUUGUGCAGAAUUCCCUAAAGGUUUAUUUGCAGGUUGAGUCAGUAGUGAAGAAGGCAAAUGCAAUCUUAGCAUUCAUUUUAAGAGGACUAGAAUAUUAUAGCAAGGACAUAAUGUUGAGACUUUAAAAAGCACUGGUGAUUUUGGAGUAUUGUGAGCAGUUUUGGACCCCUUUUCUUAGAAAGGUUGUGCUGAAACUGCAGAGGGCUCAAAGGAGGUUCACAAAAAUGAUUCCAGGAUUGAAUGGCUUGUCAUAUGAAGAGGAUCUGAUGACUUUGGGCUUGUAAAACUAGAAUUCAGAAGAAUAAAGGGCGACUUCCAUUAAAACCUAUCCAAUGGUGAAAGGCCUUGUUGUUAAAAGUAGGUAUGGAGAGGAUGUUUCCUAUGGUGGGACAGUCUAAGAAUAGAGAGCUUUAGAAUAGAGCGGCAUCCUUUUAGAACGGAGAUGAGAAGGAAUUUCUUUCGCCAGAGUGGUGAAUCUGGAAUUCAUUGCCACAGGCAGAUGUGGAGGUCAAAUCUUUAUGU